UCCGUGUUUCAUAUUAUUCUUUUGGACCUAUCUAUAUAAUAGACAAUUUUUCUUAGUUGAUGAUUUUCCUCCGAGGCUCCCCUCCCUAGCUCUCGGCCAAUCAAAACUUCUUCAUGUCUUGUCUGGUGUCACUACAAGAAAAUGUUUAGGAUCUAACUCUAGCUUAAUGGGUAGUUCGAGUUAGUCUCGUUUAUGCACCACAUAAUUAACUUCGUAAUCUCUAUUUAAUUCUUUAUUACAGCUACUUUAUUUGCUGGAGUUGGAGUUGGACUUGUGAUGAUUGUAAUCUGCUCCUGCCUCUUGAGAAAGUUCUCAUUCAAUAAAAUUAUUUAUUUUUGGAAGAAGGAAACUCUAAACCAUCAGGCUGUCGAAGCCUUUCUAAGAAACCAUGGACCUAUUGCUAUUAGAAGAUACAGUUAUUCAAAUAUCAAGAAAAUGACCAACUUCUUUAGAGAUAAAUUAGGCGAAGGGGGCUAUGGUGGUGUCUACAAGGGACAGUUACCAGAUGGCUGUCUCGUAGCAGUGAAGGUUCUGAAAGAAUCAAGAGGUAGUGGAGAGGAAUUCAUUAACGAGGUUGCAAGCAUUAGUAGGACCUCCCAUGUCAACAUUGUCUCUCUCAUGGGCUUUUGCUUUGAGGGUUCUAAAAGAGCUCUCAUCUAUGAGUUUAUGCCAAACAGAUCUCUCGAGAAGUUCAUAUAUAAAGAAAGUCCCUUGAAAGCUGAUCGACGAUUAGAAUGGAAAACAUUAUACAAGAUUGCACUUGGCAUUGCUCAAGGAUUAGAGUACUUACAUAAAGGUUGCAACACACGAAUCUUGCAUUUUGACAUAAAGCCUCACAAUAUUCUGUUGGAUGAGAACUUUUGCCCAAAGAUUUCUGAUUUUGGCCUUGCAAAAAUAUGCCCUAGAGAAAAGAGUAUCAUAUCAAUGUUGGGUGCGAGAGAGACUGUAGGAUACAUAGCUCUAGAAAUAUUUUGUAGAAAUUUUGGAGGGGUCUCUCACAAGUUAAAUGUUUAUAGCUACGGAAUGAUGAUUUUUGAAAUGGUUGGAGGAAGAAGGAAUAAAGAUGUCGAGAUUGAUGAUACUAGUGAAAUAUUUUUUCCGCAUUGGAUUUACAAGCGUCUUGAACAAGAUGAAGAUCUAGGGUUGCAUAGCCUUAUGAAUGAAGAGGAUCACAAAAGUGCAAGGAAGAUGAUAAUAGUAAGUUUGUGGUGCAUCCAGAUUGACCCUUCAAGCCGGCCAUCGAUGAGUAGAGUUGUUAAUAUGUUGGAAGGGAGUCUCGAAUCCUCGCAAGUACCACCCAAGCCUUACUUGUCUUCGCCAUCAAGAUCGCCAGAAGAUUAUUCAACAACAAUAAGCUCUCUAUAGUAUGAUUUUGUAAUGCCCUAAAAUGCAUCUUAAUUUCUUUAAAAGGAAACUUUAUUGUUGAGUAGUAACU